AAAAAAUCUUAAAAAAGAUUUGUUUAGAGAUUUGUGUGACGCAGGGAAGAUUUUUACUAAUCUUUUUCAUAGAAUCUCUACUUCUCGCAAAAAUGGAAUUUUACCUUUGCUUAACGAUAGUAUAAAAGAUGCAGCUGAUAAAUCUAACCCUACUGAAUUCUUAUUCGGCAACGAUCUAACAGAGAAAGUCAAAACUAUUAAAAAUGUGGAAAGCAUUUGUAAAGACUUCCUGCGAAAUCCUGCGUCUACCACUUACAUCCAAACCUCAAAAAAGCCAAACCUCAAAAAAGGGAGGGGGGAAGCACAUAUAAGGGUCCGGGAGCAAAAAACUUUCGUCGCCCUGUCCGUCGCUGGGGCGAGGCAAGGCCACAAAAGGCCACAAAAGGGAUAUGGUCAUGCACCGAAGAAUCGGGAUGCUCGAAGGAGAGACAGAGUAGGAAGGAUUAGACGAGAGUGAACAACAACCGGAGACAUGCUUUGAUAAAAAAACUUAUCCUGGUUGCCGCCCAUUUAUCAGGAGAGCAUUUCAGUUAAAAGGUAUACCUGUGAAGCAAUACAAACAAUGGAAAACUCAUUAGCUGAUUCUACAAUUAAACAGUAUAAUAUUACGUUUAAGCUAUGGUGGGAAUUUUGCCAGACCAAAGAUCUGUCUCCAUUUUGCGACACUGCAUCUCACAUUUUGUCUUUUUUUCAAGAGCUGCUAAAUAACACAAAUAGUACUUAUGGCAGUUUUAAUUACCACAGGUCUGCGAUAUCUUUAAUAUCGUCUAUUGACAUAGGUAAAAAUCCAUUAAUUAAACGAUUCUUAAAAGCAGUUUUCCGUAAAAGACCGCCUAAGCCAAAAUAUGAUUCUAUUUGGAAUCCCCAAGAAGUUCUGAAUUUUUUAGAUUCACCAAACGAUGGUAAUCUAAAGGCAUUAUCUUCCAAAUUAAUAACUUUACUGGCAUUAGCCACUGGUCAAAGGAUUCAAACCCUUUCAUUAAUCAAAUGCUCUAAUAUCGUUAAAACUAAUAUUGGUAUUAAAAUAUUAAUUCCCGAAUUAAUAAAAACUUCUGGACCCAAAAGCUUUCAACCAUGUUUAACUCUUCCUUAUCUUCAACAAAAGCCUUACCUUUGUGUAGCUUCUUUAAUUGUGAAAUAUCUGGAAGAAACUAAAGAUAUUCGUCAAAAAGAAUGUGAGCAUUUUUGGUUAACAUACAAAAAACCGCAUGGACCCGCUACUAAACAAACAUUGAGCCGUUGGAUUAAAGAUACCCUUAAGUCCGCAGGUAUAAAUACUUCGAUAUUUUCGACACGCUCCACUAGACAUGCUUCAACAUCUUUCGCUUAUCAAAAAGGUCUUAGCUACGAAGCUAUCCGAACUUCGGCUGGAUGGUCCAAAGAAUCAUCUGUAGUUGCCAAAUUUUACAAUAGACCUAUCGGUAAUACUGAAGAGUUUCUUCCCACAGUCUUUGGCGACCUUACAGAUAAAGAAAAAUGACUUUUAAAUUUUUUCUUUUGUCAGUUUAGCUAUAGCUAGCAUAAGCUGUUUUGUCACUUUAGCUAUAAAAUUUAGUAACAUAAGAGUUAAACGUAAGUUUUUACUUUGGUAAUGUAAAUAUAAAUUAAUGUUUUACAUUAUACAGACUCUUUGAACAUCUACUUGGUUAUAAUUAUUAUGUGAUAUUGAGGAAUGGACGCCGAAAUAUAAUUACUAAAUCAAAUGAACUUACCUUAAGUUCGAUUGUAAUUAUAUGAGGCGUCCAUUCCGAAAAUAUCACAUACCGCCCAUCCCAAAUCCCAGUAAUGAUAAAACAUUCAUCCCUUUAAACCUAA